AGUAACCAGGUCAUAAAUACGCUUAAAAAAAAGUAAGGUAAUGGCGGGAAAACAAAAUACGUAGGUAAUGCGGUUAAAGUGAUUUCAGUGUAGAUACGCGUGAACAUUAUACAACAGCAUUGUUUUAAAAAUGUCAGCUACGGCCACAUUGCAGUCUCAGGCGGUAACCGAAUGGGUCAAAUUAUUCCCUCGCACGGUAACUGAAACGUAUACGAGUUCAGUGACCUUUAUGAAACAGCUGACUGUCAUAGCGGUCAGUACCGUCACGUACUUGAAGAAUGUCUUCCCUGAAGACAGUUACACGCAGGAAACCUUUGGUGGUAUCAAGUUGAGGGUCUUGAAGAACAAGUGUAGUGAUGAACUGGCCCAGUUCGUUAGUACAGCUUUGACGCAGGCUUUCGAAGCUUUUGAUAAGAAAUACCUCCAUCAACUGGCACUGUGUUUUUACGAAGGCGAAUGUAAAGUAGAAAAUCUCAUAGAAUAUCACAUUUUCGAGUACUCUUACAACCCUGAUGGGGUGACCAUGGACGUGCACUCCACAAGCCGGGACAGCGUUAGACGUUCCACGAGAUAUUCCUUCGAUAACGUCAGAGAGAGGACCAUACACUUGAUUAGGGCUUGUGUGGUCAUAAUGCAAGCGUGUCAGAACGAGCUGCCCUCGACCUAUGACGUCAGCUUGAGACUGUAUUAUAAUGAUGAGACUCCCGAGGGUUACCAAGCCCCGGGGUUUCUCUCUACGUUGGAGUCGGAGGACCACCUGGCCCCGUCGUACGGCGACGCGGUGAAGCUCGGCUCCGUCGAGACUCCCUACCACCGGCUCGUGGCCCGCAGCUACAUGAAGGAGUCCAUGCUGUCCAGUCGAGAGGCUCUCCCCUCGCAGCACGCACCGGUGAUGACGCAAAAUGAAGAAGACGAUUUCGGAUCGGAGCAACACAGCACGGGGACGGAUGCGGAAGCGCAGGUUCGAUGCCCGUGCAAUAAGCAAGACGCCGACGACGCGGCACUGCUCACCUGCGGCUACUGCAAGAAGUCUCAGCACGCGGCUUGCUUCGGCGUGCGGGAGGAGGCCGCGCCCCGCCUGCCCCGCCACUGCUGCGCGGACUGCGCCGACAGGGACGCCGCCAGGAGCCCUACUGACGCCGCCCUGGCUGACCUCACUGCCAAGAAGAGAGAGUGUCUGUGCAUCUUCCGUCGCGCGCUGAGCUGGUGCGGGCGCGCCUCACAGCUGCGCGCCGGGGAGCUGGCGGACCGCUUCCAGCUGUCGCCACUCAACGCGCUUAAACUCAUGAAGCUCCUGCACUCGCAUGGCGUUAUAGAAGACCCGGGAACUGAUUUGGCAACACCACGGCAGAUAAUUAAAGAUGAAUUAAAAAACGUUAUGAGCAAAUUCUUUAAAACGAAUGAAUCGAAUAUCGUCGAACGAUUGUUGGCCGAAACAUUGUCUCAAGGGAGCCAAUCCGACCCGGUGGGAGACGUCCUAAGUCCUUUGGAAAAAAUUAACUUGCAAAAUACGUCUACAUUGGGUAGAGUUGUUCAAGCCGAAGCACCUUCGACUACAGAAGAUUCAACUCUAAAGCAAUACAGGGAUGCGAUAUUAUUCAAUGACAAUAUGGAAGAGUUACCCCUUAGUGGAAAUCAUAAUCCUAUUCAGGAUAUGACAAAUAUCGGGAAACGCACGACUAAAAGAAAAAGUACAGAUAAAGCUAAAAGAACUGGCGUCAAAACUAAGAGGGCUAGAGCGGACAAAGAGAACAAUUAAUUAAAACUAAGCCGAAAUUGGCUUAAAUAACUUCCCAAAUUUCUUUCUUUUUUUUUUCAAUAAAAAGGAAUUAGUUUUGUUUUUUAGUUAAAAUUGUUGUUAAAAUUGUUUUUCCACUUGUGUCUUUAUCUAGAGCAGAUUAGAAAAACUGCGAAUGAUUGUAUAUUUAUACAUUAUUCGUUUGUCAAUUUAGUUCAUUAUUUCUGAUGAAGUAAAGUUUUAUGUUCCGAAAGCGUUUUAUUUGUCGUUUCAAUCAGAGGAUCUAAAAAAUGAUAACGAUUUGUCCGGCUCUUAAUUUUCAUAUUACAUUAAUUAGAAGUAAGCAAUUUAAAAUAUUUAGUCAAAUAAAUACUUUAAAUUUUUGUGUAUUAGAUGAAUAGGCUAUUUUUAUGUACCCUAUUUUUUUUUCUAUUCAUCUCUAAGUAUGCCAAUUUCUUUCGAAGAGAGUUUAAUUUAUUUUUUUAAUUACAUACUUUGAUUGAA